AUGAGCAAGAAGAAGAGCAAAGGGAAGAGCGAUGUAGUGGUGGCCUCUCCGUGGCAUAUAUCUGCUGGUGACCAAGACACCAAGACCUUUCUGGCCGCGACUGGCAGCGACUCGGUCGACGAUGCUGCAGGCCCUUCGGUUUGGCUGGAGUCGCAGAGGACGAAGUUCUUUGAAGGGUUGAAGGUGCAGCUGCGACGUGAGUGCACUUCAGAAGGACAGAGUCGAUACCCCAGCAUGGCCUUCGAACGUUGGUGGCUCUCUGCCAAAGAUCUCGCUUCCGGCGGCUUGGAUCCGCUGCUUCCGACUCCGAAGGUGGCAGAGGACCCGGCACUCGUUUCGGACUUGGAGCGAUCUGGAUUCUCCAGGAAGGCCGCUUCCGAAAUCGCAAGGCGGCUUGCAUCCUCGUCGGAAGCAGCGGCCGUUGCCAUCCAACGGACAGCAGCAAAGAAGUCCAGCAUGGAGGUGGUCGAGAUGCAGCGGUCUGAAGAAGGCGAUGAGGUGUUGUUGCUGUGCAAAUCUGCAGGAGCCAGGGUGCGUGUUUCAGGAUUCGCCUACAAGAAGCUGAAGAAGCUGUACGAGUUCCAUGGAGUACAGAGUUGCCCUUUCGAAAAGGCUGUCAUGGUCCUUGGAAUGCGAUACCUGGCAUUGGGUGGCACUGGCUUCCAGUUGGCCUUGCCUUCAGCGGCCUGGAGAGUGCUGCAGGAGGACUUCGCUGUGCAGGCCGAAUGCUUCGCAUCGCCACUGAACUGCUGGUUCCCAAACUACUGCAGUGCAUUUCCUGACUGCGACAGAUGCUUCGGUUCGAUGGGGAGCUUCUCCUCAUUCAAACCACGCCGUGGAUGCUUUGAAGCAAACCCGCCCUUCGCACCGGCUGUCAUCGCAGGAAUGAAGAAACACAUGCACAGCCUCUUGGCGGCGACCGAGGAGCCUCUGAGCUUCGUCAUUGCCAUCGCAAGUUGGGAGAAUCCCGAGGUCGCUGCUUUGAGAAAGUCUCCUUUCGCGCGUGGCCACAUCCUGGUGCCCAGGGACGAACAGGUGUGGCUCGAUGGCCUGCAGAGCCGCCGGGCUCCCGUGGAGCUUCUGAUUGUGGUCUUACAGAACGACGCCGCUGCCUCUGACGAAAAGAUGAUGAUCUCGCGAGAAAAGCUGGAGCGGCUGCGUCAAAGCUGCACAGGAGAGGCCAAGCCUCUGGGGCCCAGGAAAAGGCCUCGCCUGGACACUUCGGUUGAGACUGCUCAGGCAGCAGCCGACGGGCAGGGCAAAACGCUUGAUGCAGAAGUAUCAGCAGACCGGGCUCGAGCGAUCUCAAUUCGACCAGGUGGAGUGCUGUGGCGUGUGCCUCAUUGGCAGCUUGUCAAGCUGAAGCGCUUUUGUUCCUGGUUUCGCCUGAAAGCAGCUGCAAAGUCGUUCGGCUGGACCUCAAGCGUGACAGAUGGCUGGCACGCCCGCAACAUGCGCUUCUGGCUCAAGGAAGCUGCGACGGUGGACUGCAUGACGGGAGGCGGCGUUUCCGACAAGGAUCUGGUCUUCAACCAGCAGUUCAUGAGGAAGCUGGCACGCCUUCGUGGAAACUCCAAGGGUCGCUUUCAGCGUGCUUUGGACGUGGGCGCCGGCAUCGGUCGACUCGCCAAAGGCGUCUUCCGCACGCACUGCGACCACGUCGACCUGCUGGAGCCCAUUGAGAAGCACCUGCAAGUUGCCAGAAAGGAUCUCGACGACACCACUUGGAGCUGCACACAGCCGGGACACUUCAUCUGUGGCACGCUUCAAGAUUUUCAGCAGCCUCAGCAGUCGCUGUACGAUCUGGUGUGGUGCCAGUGGAUCUUCAUGUACAUCACAGAUGCAGAUGUGGUGAAGUUCCUUCGACGUGUCUCUGUCGAGCUCCUUGCGCCAGCUGGGACCGUCGUAGUGAAGGAGAAUGUCGCCCAAACCCGCGUUGGAUCUUACUUCGACGAUGAGACUGGUGAGCUUUGGCGCGGCGCAAACGGUGGCUCUCGACGUAGUGGACCCAUGUCCGUCUUGCGGACAACGCAACAUUACCUCAAGCUCUUCAGGGAAAGCGGGCUGGAGGUGCUCCUCCGCCGUCGACAGCUCUUCUCGCAAGAUGAGAUGCCCAUGACGCUUUUUGUACUGGCCGCACCCUCGCGAUCUGAGACGGUGCGCAGGGCUGCAGCAGCUGCCAGGGCAAUGCGCGAAGCCAGACACGGAACAAGCGACCGCGCAUUGGACGGAAAGACAACAAGAGAAGUCCAGACACGAGGCUGCUUGCCAAGUUUGCUCAGAGCACCUGCCAGCCGAGCGAAGGACGUGUCCCAGUGGGGAGUUCGCUACCCGGAUGCGUCGCAGCGAGUUCACUCUCCGGCAUGCCCUGCCAUGCACGAUGGAAUGUCAUAA